AGCAAAGCAUAGAGAUUUUUCGAAGACUAAACAUAUCAACAUCAUUUUUUUUGGGGCAACUGGAAAUUUAGCAAAAAAAUUUUUAUGGAAAUCUUUUUAUGAGACAUAUCAGUAUUUCACAAAUAAAGACGAAGGGUACAAGUUCUCUAUAUAUGCUGCAUCUAGAGUUGACAAAAAAAAUGGAAGAAAAUUCAUAAGUGAUUUUUUUUUGAAUAUGGAUAAAUGUGAAGAUGUGGCUUGCCAUAAAGCAAAAAAAGGUUUCUCUGAAACAGUGCAAUACGUUCAAUUGAAAAGUUCAAAGCAUUUCAAAGAACUUGCCAUGAAAAUUAACGAAAACACUCAAAGUCUCUACGGUUUGGUUGGUUCCCCAAAUACCUAUGAAGUAGGAAGACUCUUCUACCUUGCCAUACCACCUUCAGCUUACGCCGAAACAGCCGAGAGAAUCCACAAAUAUCUGCUGCCUGAACAUGGAAGAGGUUGGGUGAAAAUAGUUGUUGAGAAGCCGUUCGGGCGAGAUUUAAACAGCGCUAAGCUUUUAAACAGCGGUCUUCUGAAGCGAUUUGAUGAGUCUCAAAUAUAUAGAGUAGAUCAUUAUCUUGGAAAGACCGUGGUCAAGAUGAUUCUACCAUUUAGGGUAAUAAAUUCCAAUUCUUACUCUCAGCUAUGGAAUGCAGAUUAUAUUGAUAGGGUUGAAAUAGUUAUGAAGGAGGAACUUGAUGUUGUUGGCAGAACACAGUUUUAUAAUGAAAACGGUGUGGUUCGCGAUGUAAUGCAGAAUCACCUCACUGAGCUCUUCAUGUUGACAGCCAUGCAGUUACCUUCCUCUGGGGGUGUCAACAUUAGCGAGAUACACGAACUGAAAUAUGAUCUAUUGAAGAAGGUUAAACUUCCCAAAAUGGAUAAAAUUUUAUUGGGUCAAUAUUCAACAUAUAACGUUGAAUGGUUGGCAGAAAACAAAGAAACAAACAAGAUUACAGAUACACCUACGUUUGCAGCCACAACAUUUUAUGUUGAUUCAGAAAUGUGGAGAGGCGUACCUUUUCUUUUCAUGAGUGGCAAAAAGUUGAACGAGAAAACUAGUUAUGUCAGAAUAGUUUUGAAAAAUCGAAAAUUUUGCCUCAACCACAAUGCUGAAUUUUGCAAAGAUGACAAACAAAUUGUUUUUUAUAUUGGUGGGAAAUUUGGAGAGUUUAUUGCCGUGUCAAAGGACCUUCCGUUACCUAGUUUCAGAUCCGGUUGGAAGAAAAAGACAUCGACAGCGUUCAAAGAUGUUUUUGGACAAUCAACUGAUGAAAUGCAUCUCUUUUUUCCAGUUGAGGAGGUUGAGUCAUACACUGAGCUCAUCAAAAGUAUUAUAAAGGGGGCUAGACAUAUGUUCGUUCCCUCUAGCAUUCUUUAUCAGUCUUGGCAAGUGUGGUCUUCGCUGCUAGAAGUUAGUGAUAGCACAAGACCUAGAAUAUAUAUAGGAAAAGACAAAGACCCUGAGCGACUUGAUUUUUAUUUUGACACUUUAACUGACGGAUUGAAAUUUGUUAUAAAAGAACCAUCUCCAAACCAAACAACUUCUACCUGAAUGAUACGUACAUUUAAUUAGGCACUGCUAAACCAAAUCAUUUAAUUUUUUAUCUUAUUUUCAAAUUAUAUUUAUAUAUACUUGGGUUCAGACUGUUGUAUAUACAGUUAUUAAUAAAUAUCACCGCAUUUUCCGCAUUGUUGAGUUUGUAGCUAAGUUUUUCAAUUAUUUGAACAAUUAUUUUAUCAAUACUAUUCAAUUUAUUCAAAUUAAUAAUAAAAUUUCUAAUUUUAGACUGCAUUUUUCAUAUAUACAUUUACAUAAAAGCUUUUUUCCCUAACCUUUACCAACAUUUUUGGGCAAUGUUUUGAUGCCAUAGUAUUUUAAAUUGGUCUAUAUAUAUGUGUGUGAUUUUGAGUGUCUAUGAUGUAAGAGUGAGCGCGCAAAUGUGCAUGACGAGGUGUAUGAAUGAGCAUGAAUUUCUAUAUAUAAAUAUGUAUGUGCAAGAAUAUGCUAUCAUGUACAUCUUUAUUUAUUGCUCAUUUGGUAAACUUUGAUAGAUGCUGACAUUUUUCAGCUUUCCUUUUCUUUUCCUUUCUCUUUACAUUGCCAGUAUAUGAGUUUCACAGUUAUUUUUUUCUAUUUAUGUGUAUUCUAUUUCAGUUAAGGCACUGCUACAAGUACAUGUUUACUUAUUUGUGCUUCUGAAUAAUAAAAUAAAAAAAUCAUCUGUGUAAUAGAGUUUGUGAUAUUGUUAUAUGUAGUUCAUCUGGCAUUUAUAGUAUUUUUAAGAAAGGAACUCUAAGGCUUUUUAUUUUCUAUUAAUAAAGCCUCUGCCAUUUUCAAAUUUUUUAUAUUACGCUUGUAAUAUAACACUUUGGAUUUUAAGUUUAAUAUUUCUUUUGUUAUUUUUAUGUGGCGUGAAUCCAUUAGAUGAUUUUUUAUUGCACCAUUUUAUCUAUGCAUAGUUAACCUUCGAGACAAAGUCGUGGUAAAUUGAAUAAUAUUGAUAAAGUAAUUGUUCGAAAAAUUGUAAUAGUUACCAACUCAACAAAACAAUGUGCGGAAAAUGCGGUGUCUGUGUGUGUGUGUUGAUAAAAA